CGCGAGUAGUACAAUUGUACAGGAGAUGUGCUUGAAGCGUUACAGGGACGGAUCUACUGUCACAUUAAAACCCGCAACUAGCACAAAUGACCAAACUCAACAUUUUUGUCCCAUGGGCAGGGAGCACGAAGAGGUUUAACUUUGUGAGUUUGUAUGAGCUGGAGAACUGAGCCCGAUGUCUUCUCAAUGUGCGUGGCUGAUGCUCGUCACUUUUCCUUUCUUCCUGAUGGCAGGUGCACAAGAAAAACCAGUGUGCACUGCCCUGUCAAACAUAGGCAAAGAAGUCCUCGUAGGGUCCAAUUUAACAGUCUCCUGUGUCUUUAGCAAAACAUGCACACAAAUAAUUUUUCGAGACAAUGAAGAAAUUAAAAAUAAACAGUCGUCCAGUUUAAAUGAGGUGUCUGUGGAUGUCAAGGAUGUAACAGAAUUGAGCAUCUUCACCUGCAGAUGCAAGGAAGACCCAGAGCCAUGUGGAAUUGACAUCACUCCAGGAUAUCCACCAGACAUUCCAGAAAACCUGACCUGCGUACGAAAAACAGAAUAUGGCAAUGUCACAUGCACUUGGAAAAUAGGAAGAGAAACCAAAAUUAUGACCAUAUGUCAGUUAUGGGUAUAUGAUGGGCAUCUCCUCAGUUACAGCAGUGUGAUGAGCUCAACAGGACUUUGUUUCUCUACAUUCCCCAUCCGUGGUUCGAUGUUGCAACUCAGCUUGACACUUAAUGUCUCUAAUAGUCUGGGAUCAAAGGUCUCAGGUCCCCACAACUUUACCCUCAGAAACAUAGUUAAACCCUCAAGGCCUAAUAUUACUCACAUUGACUGUUUCUCCCGACGGUGCCACCUACACACAGACAAUCACAGCAUGAACUUGGUCGAAGUCCAAUAUAAAGUAGAAAAUCAGAUCUUGGGAAGCCUCCAGACAGGCGCUGAGCCAAUUUUAAACGUAUCAUCCUUGCACCCAUAUACCACAUACAAGUUCCGGAUCAGGAGAAAAAUCAAUCGUGAAGUGGGCCUAUGGAGUGACUGGAGUCUGGAAAAAGAAGCAGAAACCAAAGAGGAAGCUCCUGACACGGAACUUGAUGUCUGGUACAUGCAGGAGAUAAAAUCUAAAAACUGUUUCAGAAUAUUUUGGAAGAAAUUGAGCAAAUCGGAAGCCAAGGGAAAAAUUCUAAGAUAUAAAAUAAGUGUCCAGGUGGAGAAGAAGAGGAACUUAACCAUUUUAGAUGCAAACAUUACGAAUCGACUCAUCUGUUGCAGUUCCUGUUCUGUCUCAGUAUCUGCCAUUAACUCAAAGGGUCAAUCACCUGCCAAAUUUAUUAACCUACGCUUUCCAGAUUCGGUUUUAGAUGUUGAGUCACAAAUUCUCUCAAAUGAUAGUAUUGCCCUCUCCUGGCCAGAGCUUGCUAUUGCCGGCCAUAAAACUGAGUAUGUGGUACACUGGUAUGCAGUUGGAGAAAAAGAAAAGCUUUCGUGGAUUAGAGUGAUGAAUACCUCAAUUGAAGUUACAGGUCUCCAACCUCACAAAUGCUAUCACGGUGCAGUUACCGCUCUCCGCUCAAAUGGUCCUGCAGUGGCAUCCAUUCAAGGCAUAUCCACAUGGCAGUCAGUUCCAGAACAGGGUCCAGUUCCCCAACAAAGCUCGAAGAAGAGCGAAAGUUUGGAAGUGAAAUGGUCUACAAUCCCUCAAGAUAAGAUCAGAGGGUGUUUGAGAAGAUAUAGCAUCUACCUGAACAAGUUGAACGGAAGUAUUGAACAUUUCAGUGUGGAGUAUACAAAGACACAAUAUACCAUCAGUGGUUUAUCACCAGGAGAGUGUUAUAACCUGUGGGUGACUGCCUGGACAGAUGCUGGGGAGGGACCCAAAGGAAGUGACCUUCCAUUUUGCACACUACCAGACUCUGAAAAACUAUUGUCACUCGUGAUCUUAGCCGGAGGAACCGUUCUUCUCAUCUGCCUCAUUAUUCUGUGCGUCUGUCAGUUCUCAUCUGUCCAGAAAAGAUUCCUAAGGUGUUGCCAGUGUCUGCUCCCUACAGUUAUUCCUGAUCCAGCAAACAGCAAAUGUGCAAGGGAAUAUGUCGUUGACCAGUUCCAGCAUCACCAAAGUGACUCCAGCAUGAGUGAGGAUCCAGAUAUCAUGGAGGUACAAGAGGUCCCUUAUCACUCCGGCUUCACCUGCAACUACAUCAAGAGCUUCUCUCAAGAGUCCACCUCCUCUGAUACCACCCAGAUCACCAGGACCACAGACGUUACAGGGGAUUACAUCUACACUCGAGGAGCAAUAAGUGGAGGCGAGGAGGAAGAGGAAGACGAAGAGGAAAGGAGUUUCGAUGAAUUUGGAUUCCGUCCAUGCAUCAACCCUUUCCUUGAACCAUUGGUUUUAUCUAAUGGAAAGCUGAAGCUUGAUGCAGUGAUAAUAAACUGCAGUGAAUUUAUGGAUUGCACGUGAUCUUUCGAGGGCAUUAAGAUUUGACCAUAUGUUUAUUGUUUACCUUCUUGUAUGGGUGCUAAAAAAAGCUCUGAAAUUCAAUACAGUUUUGUGUUGACUGCUUGGAGACACCACAAUACACUGGGUCUAUUAAGACAUCUGCAGCAAGCCAGACUCAAGUUGGACAUUUUAAGAAACUUGUAUGGCUGUUUUAGGGAUUUUCCAGUGACUGCCGAUUUUAUGGAGGUGGAGAUGGCCUGCCAAUGGAUUUAGCCCUCUAGACAUGAAUUGCUGUAUUAUGUAUCAUGUUUUAGGGGACACACGGCUUUUCUAAACUUCGUAGACAAACAACUAGCUUUGUUUGACAGACUCGAUGGGUGGAACGAAAAAUUCAUGAGAAGGAAGGAGAAGUAACUGAUGAAAAAAUGAUCUGUAUUAUACAGACAACCAUUCUUUCCACUACAACACUGUCACUUUACCAAUGUAACUUGCCAGCUCUCACAAUACAAUACUUCAGGACAAUUGCGCAAUACUCAUAUUUACUCCAAUGCGGGAUGUUCGACCCACUACAAACAUACAUUCACCAAAGUUUCAUUGAAGAUAUUUUAUUAAAAUAGAGGAUAUGAUUAAUUUAAUGAAAUUAAAUGUGAAUGAAAUACUGUCUUAAUAUAAACGCAUGUCAGCUUUUCAAGUCAAAGCAUUGAAGAAGACUCAGGAAUAAAUAUUUCUUUAUUUUUA